AUGGACGUAAAAGAUGGUCCAGGGUCAAGAAAAAGUACCCACCUCUCCGUCAACCCAAUAUCUCCAUCAGACGGAGUAUCCACGCCCACCAACAGUACCCCGCCAAACGAAACCUCCAAUUGCUCAGAUCCAACCUUCAAACUCAUAACAUGGAGCCCCUCCGACCCCGAAAAUCCUCAAAACUGGCCUAGACGCACAAAGAUCCUCCGCUCCUCGGCACCCCUCGCCGUGAUCUUCUCCAUAGCAUUCGCCAGCUCAAUCUUCGGCGCCUCAGCAACCGUCACGGCAAAAGAAUAUGGCGUCUCCCAAGAACUCAUGAGCCUAGGCGUAGCCCUCUUCAUAGCCGGUUUCGCUCUAGGCCCACUAGUCUGGGCCCCACUAGCCGAAGUAAUCGGCAGCGCACCGAUCCUAGGACUAGCAUUAACGGGCUGUGCAAUAUUCCAGAUUCCACUUGCACUCGCAAAAAACGUUGCUACGAUCUUGGUCUCCCGCUUCCUGGCCGGAUUGUUCGGCGCAGGUGGACUGGCCGUUGGUUCGGGCGUACUGGCCGAUAUCUUCGGACCCAUAACACGGGGUAUUGCUGUCGGGACAUCGGCUAGUAUCAUGAAUUUAGGCUCGAUUAUAGGGCCUAUAGCCGGUGCGUACCUAGUCGCAAAUGAGAACGCGGGGUGGAGGUGGACGGCGUGGGUUACGCUUAUACUAUGCUGUGCGGCUGGGGUCCUGUGUAUAUUCCUGCUGCGGGAGUCGUCGCAUAACCGGAUUUUGAUGCGAAGGGCUGCUCGAUUGAGGAAAGAGACUGGUGAUGAGAGGCUGCGUGCGCCUACCGAGAUGGAUUCGCUUGAUACGCGGGUUUUGGUGAGGAAGUACUGUUCGAAACCUGUGCGAAUGUUUGUUCAAGAGCCGAUAUUGAUUGUCAUGACGGUAUAUUUGACGCUUGUUUAUGGGUCGCUGUAUUUAUCUUAUCAGCUUUUCCCGAAGGCGUUCGAGAAAAGGGGCUGGAGGACGCCUGUGGCUUAUUUGCCGUUCUUGUCUGUUGGGCUUGGGCUUAUGAGUGCGUUGGGGAUCUUUUCGGUUUUCACGAUGACUUGGUAUAAGAAGCGGUGGGUUGCUGCGCAGCGAGCUGAGAUACAUGGUUCGGAGAAAGGAGCUAAGGGCCAGGCUCGCAUUGCUCCUGAAGAUCGGCUUCCGCCCAUGAUCUUGGGUGCUGUGUUGCUGCCUCCGUCUUUACUUUGGUUUGGGUGGUCUGGAGAUACACAUUGGGCAUCGCAGGUCAUUUCGUGCUUUUUCAUUGGCCUGUCGUUGCAGAUUAUCUUUAUUUCGGGUAUCGUGUACAUUGUCGAUGUAUACGUCCUCAACACGGUAUCAGCCAUCUCGAUCCAUGUCAUGAUUCGCAGCUUGGUUUCCGCCACGUUUCCGCUGUUUGAAGGGCCGAUGUACGACUCUUUGCACAUAAAUUACUCUGCCACUUUGCUUGCCGCUUUGUCAGCGUUGAUCAUGGUAUCGCCUAUCUUGUUGAGAAUCUAUGGGUCUCGCAUUCGGACCUGGAGCCGAUUUUCAAGUUAG